AUGACUGCAACACAUGUCGCAGGUCAUACCAACCCUCAUGCACUAAAUGCAACACAUGAAGUAGAUCACACCAGUCCACCCAAGUACCAUGCUAGUUCUGAUAGCACAUGCCCACACCAUAAUUAUUCACAAGUGAAGCAGUCACAUCGUUAUUUACAGGCACAAACAGUGAUAUCCUCAUGGGAAAACAAAGCAAUUGAAGAAGCUGAAACCAGACCUUCAUCCUCCUUGACUAUAAACAAUGAUAUCAGAGAUGUUAACCCAGAAGCCGAAUAA